CUCAACGUUCUGUGAUUUGUGGACUAAAUGUUACCUGCUUCUCGUUGCUACUUGCAAACAAGGUAGAGUUCAGUCACAAGGAGUUGCUUCAAAUUUGGAUUGAUAAUGGGUGCACAAGUAAAUCGCUUUCUGAGUGGGUGUUUGAAAAGAUUAAUGAAAAUCUUAAGGCAGCUAAUAAACUUGAAAUAAACAAAAAAAUUUCGAACUUUGUCGCUUAUAUAUGCAAGUACAUGCCAAAAUGCCAAAGAAAAAUAGAAAAAUUCAAAGAGAAACACCAACAGUUCCUUGAUUCAAAAAUGACAAUACAUAUUGAAAGAGCUGCUGUGAAAGAGUGUUCCGUUGGUCGUCCACGGCUGACUUACGAUGAAGGCAGUAGUCGUUUAAAACGAAAGAUAGCUUCAGAUAUCGCGACUAGUCAAGGGCACAAUACAGCAAUGCUUUUUCAUGCAGCUACCAUAUGCGCCAAAAAAUCAAAAUGUAAUGAAUGUACUGACUGUAUUGAUUGUUCUUUAAAAGAAAAUAUUAUCAAUGUCAAGAGGAAAAGCGAUUGCAAUCAAAAACCAGUUCAGAUGACUGCAGAUGAAGCAUUAGCAUUUUUACUUGAAAAUUCUUUCUCCAAAAAGCAGUAUAACGCCAUUCGAGCCAUAAACCAGAAGCAUGGUUGCGACAUAUUCCCAUGCUACGACAACGUUUUUAAAGCUAAAUCUGAAUGUAGACCCGUCGGAAUACAAGCAACAGAAACUUCAGCACAAGUUUCGUUACAAAAUAUGCUGAACCAUACUGCAAAAAGAAUAAUUAUUUUUCAAAAAGAAGUUUUUGCUCAAUUUGAAAGCAUAACCGAUGUGAAGUUAAUCGUCACCUAUGGCUUUGAUGGAUCGACUGGACACAGUUUAUACAAGCAACAAUUUGAAGAAAAGGUGCAGGACACGCUUGACCAAUCUCUAUUUGUCACAUCAAUAAUCCCUAUAAAGUUAUUAGAUUCUUUGGGGAGAGUUCUAUGGAUGAAUUCUAAAACUCAAUCAGUGCGAUUUUGUAGACCACUGAAAAUCGAAUUCAUUAAGGAGAGCAAAGAACAUAUUUUAGCAGAAAACAAUAGAUUGAAGGGCGAAAUUGAAAACUUGAAACCGUACUUAUUCAAUAAUUGGUCUGGGAGAACCUGUUUCGUUUGA